GGAAUUUCUUCGGAAUUUUAUGAGAUACGGUGCGAUUUUUCCGGUCCCGAAAGACUUGUAUAUAUCGGGUUUUUUGUUAAAUUCUUAUUUUCCUCGCCGAUCCUCAACUCAGUCUACCAAUCGACUAAACUCUCAGUUGGGGCAAUUCUGAGUGCGACUACAUGGAUCGUGGAAAGAAACCGAAUAAGCUUAUUACUGCUAAGAACAGCAAAUUAUAUAUGGAGUUGAAAGACAUUAUUAGGGAGCAUGCACUUGCUUUUCUUCCUGCAAAAUCUCUUUUCAGGUGCCAGGGUGUUUGUAGAGACUGGAAGCUCCAAAUUUCAACUCCAUUUUUUGCUCACAACCAAUCCCUCUCGUACCAUGGGAUUUCUGGUCUCUUUUGUCAAACUCAUGACAACCCACCAUCAUUUUUCACCUCUGAUCCAAAAUCUUGUGGUGUGCCUGACCCAUCCCUAAAGUUUUUACCAGUUCCUGUUGAUAUCAGGAGCUCAUCAAAUGGACUUUUUCUUUGCCAGGAUCGUUCUGGGGAUAAGACAUACUACAUAUGUAAUCCAGUCACCAAGCAGUGGAAAAGCAUUCCCCAACAAAAUUCAGAUCAUGGAUCUGAUCCUGCUGUUGUGCUAAUCUUUGAACCAUCUUUGCUCAACUUUGAGGCCGAGUACAAGCUUGUAUGUGCUUUCCCAUCUGCAGAUUUUGAUGAUGCGAUCGAAUUUGAGAUAUAUUCUUCCAAAGAAGGGUCAUGGAAACUUUCUGGGGAAAUUUGUUUUGCAGACAGAAAGCUAAUUUCAAGAACUGGUGUUCAUGUCAAUGGUAUCGUUUACUGGAAAUCCAGGAGUGGAGAUGUUGUUUCCUUUGAUCUGAUAAAGGACAGGUCACAACUAAUACAAGUCUAUGCAGGACCCAGUUCAUUAUUGGGAAUAAUGGACGGAAAGCUUUGUACUGCUUCUUCCAGUGGUAACACUGUUAGUUUGGUUACCUUGUCCAAUGUUCACUCAAACACAAUGCAAAUAGGCAGCGGUGCUAGAACGUGGAAAGACAAGUACACUUUCCAGUUGGACCAUGCAGCUCUUAGUGUUCGUGAGCCCAAGCGAAUAGUGUAUGUUGGAAAUGGCGUGGUGUUGGGUCAUAGUGGGCCGGUGAUGUAUUCUUAUGAUAUGAAGAAGAAAGAAACCAUGAUUUUCCCGGAGACGCCUCUUUAUGAUGCUAGGACAGUACCUUACACUAGCACCCUUGUCUACCUCUGAAUCAAAGCGGCAUUCUGAUGGUUGAGAACAGUUGAAUUAAUAGUUAUUUUUAUGUUUACAUUGUCAAAUACUUAUCCUAGACCUCAAUUUUAUCAUAUUCUCUGUUUUUUUUUUCCCGGAAGUUUAA